UUGCAGAAUGAUUCUAAAAGACUUGGAGACAGUGGAUAAGCAACUCAAAAAGGAGCCGGAUGAACAAAGUGUUGCUUCGGUUGUCAUUCAACCAUCUGCAGAACCAGUGGAGACAGUUCGAUCACAGAUGUCAUUAAGACAAGAUACCAGUGCUCAGUUAUCGGAGCAGCAAGCAAUUUCUUCUCGACUUGAACAAGUUCAGUACAUUGCACCCUCUGGGUUGACUCGUUUGCAUACAACAAACGGCAAUCUAACAUUGAAUUCAGCAACAUUAACAAGCAUGCACAAUGUUGGAGCAGCAGGUAUGAUUGGGCAGUAUUCACCAGUUGCUACAGUCGCAGCAGCCGCUGCAGCUGCAGCCGCUGCAGCGUCACGAGCAAGUACGAGCACACCAAAAAAUGUACAGGAAUUAGGCCAAACGGCAGGGUCAUCAUCGGGACCAGUUCCAGGAAUGCUGCCAGUAAAUGCCGAAGUUUUGGGUCUCAAAACGAUGAGUGCUAGUGCUGAUGGUCAGCAGCAACAAUAUAUUCCGCCAAAUCAAGGAACUAGUCAAGAUUGGCAAUCCACUGUGAUGUCUGGUUACACAUCAUCCCCAUCACCGCUUGGUAUGGCUGGUGGUAGUCGAACAGCCACCGAAAGUGAUGAUAGCACACGGAAAAGACAAGUACGACUUUUGAAAAACAGAGAAGCAGCGAAAGAAUGCAGGCGAAAGAAAAAGGAAUACGUGAAAUGUUUAGAAAAUCGUGUCGCUGUUUUGGAAAAUCAGAAUAAAGCAUUGAUUGAAGAAUUGAAGACGUUGAAGGAAUUGUACUGCAGGAAAGAGAAAAGCGAGUUAUAAGAGAAUACGAAGGGAAAGUUUCAUCAGUUCUAUUCCUUGAAUUCAGUCUUUUUUGCUCCAGGGAAUUUUUUUACAUCGUUUGUAGGCGCGUCAUAUUUAUUCAUAAAAGUUGUUUUGAUAUGAGAGAUAUCACAGCUUUCAUAAGUGUUCACAGUGAUUCCUUUAACACACAUCUGAAGUGAACGAUUGCGGGAAAAAUUUAUUUAUAAAUUUUUGUAUAUGUUUGAGAUCUAAUAGAAUCCACAAGGUAUAGAGGUAGAUUAAUCAUAUCUUGAAAUUUCAUUAAAAAAAGGUAUCCUAUGC